CUCAUUUUAUUCUAUUUUAUCUCAUUUUAUUUAAUUUUAAUUUUACAGUGCAGAGUACCCUCCAACAGACUUGUACACAAAGCACCAACGAAAACAAACGCUUGGCUCCAGCCGCCUCAUCUGAUUGGUCCGUAGAUCUCCCCCGGAGCUCUCGUCCUUUCUCGCGAUACUAGAGAUUCUUCUCAGUGAGAGGCAGACGCUGAACUGUAUUCAGUCGCUGUUGUGGCUGGGAGGCAGCACAGUCAGCCAGUGUCUUUGGUUGACCGUGAUACAGCCCGAGGUGAAACGGGAGUCUUUUUUAAACUGACCCACUGAGCGAAAACAACAACUGCUGGCUUCCCCCGAACAAACUCCGGCUCCGCUCGACACCUUUUAACCAGGCAGGUGCUGAGGAAACUGCAAGCAGAAAAGCAGAAAAACUGCAAGCUGCGGAAAGACUCGGUGGUGGAGGUCGACAGGAUGCUCAGCCAGUUGUUCAUUUCUUUGUGAAUGGAUUAGAAGAGGCAGGUUGUGACCAUGCGUUGUCUGGCUGCUCGGGUGAACUACAAGACCCUCAUCGUCAUCUGCGCCCUCUUCACGCUCAUCACUGUGCUGCUGUGGAACCGCUGCUCCAGCGACACUUCCAUACGCUUCCUGCCCCGGGCCGCCCUGGUGGCUCCCAGUCCCAAGAUCGGCGACGCCAGCAUCAGCAGCCAGCAGCAUCCUCCGCAACCUCCAGAGCCCCCGCCCGUCGUCGGGGUCAUCGGCGGGGUCAAGUAUGAAGAAAUCGACUGCCUGAUUAACGAUGAAUCCACCAUAAAAGGCCGGCGAGACGGCGGCGAGGUCUACCUGCCCUUCUCCUGGAUGGAGAAGUACUUCGAGGUGUAUGGCAAAAUAGUGCAGUACGACGGCUACGACCGCUUUGAGUUUCAGCACAGCUAUUCGAAGGUUUACACCCAGCGCGAGCCCUACCACCCCGACGGGGUCUUCAUGUCGUUCGAGGGAUACAACGUGGAAGUCCGCGACCGAGUCAAGUGUAUCAGCGGAGUGGAAGGCGUGCCUCUGUCCACUCAGUGGGGUCCUCAGGGCUACUUCUACGCCAUCCAGAUCGCCCAGUACGGCCUGAGCCACUACAGCAAGAACCUGACUGAGCGCGCUCCCCACGUGGAGGUCUACGACACCGCAGAGGAGAGGGACAGCCGGGCCAACACGGCGCCCUGGAGUGUGCCCAAAGGUUGCGGUCUCAGCCGUGUCCACGACAAGACCAGAGCUACCUCCGUGCGUCAGUUCAGUGCUCCAGAGUCCUCAGAAGGAGUGUCCCUCCAGCUGGGCAACUCCAAAGACUUCAUCCUCAGCCUGGAUGUCAAGUUCGUCUCCAACGGCAGCGUGUCGGUGACCCUGGAAACCACCGAGAAGGGCGCGCCCUUCACCAUCCACUACGUGACCAACACGCAGCUCAUCGCCUUCAAAGACCGAGAAAUCACGUACGGUGUCGGGUCGCGAACCGCGUGGAGCACCCUGACCCGAGACCUGAUCACCGACCUCAGGAAGGGCGUCGGACUGUCCAACACCAAGGCUGUGAAGGCCACAAAGAUCAUGCCCAGACGGGUGGUGCGGUUAGUCCUACACGGGCGUGGCUUCGUCGACAACGUCACCAUCUCCACCACUGCCCACAUGGCUGCCUUCUUCGCCGCCAGCGAAUGGCUGCUGCGCAACCAGGACGAGCGAGGCGGCUGGCCCAUCAUGGUCACCCGUAAACUGGGCGAAGGCUUCCGGCCCCUGGAGCCCGGCUGGUACUCGGCCAUGGCUCAGGGUCAGGCCAUGUCCACGCUGGUGAGAGCCUACCUGCUCACCAAGGACCAGGCUUACCUCAACGCUGCCCUAAAGGCAGUAGGACCCUACAAGGUGCCUUCAGCGCAGCACGGGGUCAAAGCCGUGUUCAUGAACAAAUACGACUGGUAUGAGGAGUACCCCACCACUCCCAGCUCCUUUGUCCUCAACGGCUUCAUCUACUCCCUGCUGGGACUCUACGACUUGACUGAGACAGCCGGAGAGAAGCUUGGCCGGGAGGCCGGGCAGCUGUUCAGCCGCGGCAUGGAGUCCCUGAAAGCCAUGCUGCCGCUCUUUGACACGGGGUCCGGGAGCAUCUAUGACCUUCGCCACUUCAUGUUGGGCACGGCGCCCAACUUGGCACGCUGGGACUAUCACACCACGCACAUUAACCAGCUACAGCUGCUGGCAUCCAUAGACAGCUCUCCCAUCUUCAAGGAUGUGGUCAAGCGCUGGAAAAACUACUUAAAAGGGAUCCGUGCCAAGCACAACUAGACUAAACUAUAACCCACAAAUGUAGUAUACAGCUGAGAUGAAAAGAGGAUCAAUAUAUUCUGUGUGAGAGCGACUGGCUGGGUGGUUGAAUGAAAGGCGGGUGCUCAUGUUGCGUGUCUGUGUGCAUCCCAGUUCUGGUUGAGGUUCACAAUCUGAAGGAUGGGUUCAGUCAGCUGCAGCUCUCAGUACUAAAACUUUCUCGUGUGCUCUGUUGCAGCUUUUAUAUUUUCUGCAACAUCGACUGUAGCUCCCCUCUCCUGUUUCUUUUCCUUGAGCUAGUGUUUGUAAUUAUGCACAGACCUAGUUUCAGAGUGUGUGUGUGUGUGUGUUUGCUUUUAGGAUGUGUGUGUGUGUGUGUGUGUGUGUGUAUUGUUUAAAAUAACAAUAUAUGACGUUAGAGGAAGAUGAAGCUCCUUGAAUCACAUGACCGACGUUCGUUAAAGCAUCCGCCACACUUCUCGUUUCUAAUUGUAUUUUUUUACCUUCACAUCUCAGAUUUGCAAAAGUUUAUUAAAGCGACUAAACUGUAAAUAACAGAAUAUAUUAUAAAUUAUUUGAAGGAGAAUGUUGCCAAAAAAAUAAAUCCUAUCAAUAUAAAAAUCAUUAUUUCUCCACUGCAACAUUUUUAAUCUGAAAACCUUCGAAACUCAAACAAGUGAAACUAUGAGGAGGAAGUUUUCAGAUGUUCCAGGUUUAAUCUGUUAGUUGAGGUACAUUUAUUUGGUUAUUAUCUUUUUUUUUUUUUGAUAGAAAAGCUGAAGAAUGGAAUCCUUGAUGCUUCCAAAUCUUUAUUUUCUGAAGCUCUUUUUCUCUAAAAUGCAGAUAAAUAAUAACAGAUAAUGAAACUCUUUUAUUUGUUCUUUCAUAAAUCAGCUGUCUGUGAAGCAGCUUCGAGGAAUAAACAACCAUAUUUAACAUGCUGCAACAACGGGAACGUUUCCGUUGCGUUCCCUGAGAUAAACCCAUCAGGCCCGCAACAGUCGUAAAAAAAAAAAUCCUAAUUAGUAAUUUAUCAUAAUUAGCUGUCGGUGCUGAAACCUCUGUUGUGUUUUUAUUUACAGACUGUUGACAAAGUAAAGGAAAACCAACACGAAGCGUCGUAGUGAGGUGUCUGUAGGAGAACCUUCACCGUUCCUUGACAUCGACUCUCCAAGUCUCUACUGGAGAUGCUCUCUAAAAGAUAUUUGUUUAUUUAGUGUUUUUGUGAUGGUGCUGGAGAGUGCUGUAAAUCUCCUGUAAGAGUUCAACUGGGCUGAGAUGUGGAGACAGUGAAGGCCGUGAUAUUCGGAUCACACCGUUUUUAUUCUCAAACCUUUCAGUGACCCCUUGUACCCCCCCACCUACCCCCCACUGGGUCCAUAAUGUGUUUUAAUACAUAUUUGGAUGCAUCUUAAUGGCAAAAUUCCAACAAAACUUCCUACAUUUUUCCAAAAACAAAAUUCUUUUUUUUCUCCUUGCUGACGGUUUUCCUGUAAUCCGUCAGCUCUCUGUAUACGUGAUGGUCAGUUUGACGCCACCGCUCUUAGCUGCUUUUGACUUACUUGGUGACAACAUUUCUGUGCUGUUGUAAAGCCAGUUUACAAAAAAGUAGUUUUGCAUCAGUUUGGCUCAGAGAUCCCAGCUGAGUCAGUUUAACGGCUCAUCAUAAAUCACUCAUCUGUGAGGAGUUCACAAACCUCACAUCUUUUCAUCGACACAGUUUAGAAAAAAAAAAAAAUGCUUUAUUGACCUUUUUCCAUAAGCCUGUUGGCAGCAUUUACAACUUAAACAAGAGACUUUGAGUGUAAAAGAACCAUUUGUGGCUGACUAUUUACAUUUAGAUGUGUAUGGAUUAAUGUGCACAGUCUCUGAUAAUAGGAUGAGCUGCGUUCAGCUGAGUGGAGCCCAAGAGAGGUCACGUUAAGGGUUUUGGGGACAGGAUUCAACAAUGGGAAUAACUUUGCUGAUGAGUUUGUCUUUGCUAAAUCUUCAAAUGUUUAUUUCCUUCAGUUUUAGCACUAACUGAUUCAUUUUCAUGCCCCACUUUUUAAUCUAUCAUCAGGAAAACCCUUCUUCUGCAACUCAUACCUAAAACAAACAAAUCAUUUUAGGUUUAGGUGCUGUGAGCUGUCUGCGUUGUGAGUUUGAAUAGAUGGUUGUGGUCAGCAGCUUCGUCUCCCUGCAGCUUCAAUUCAUAACAUUUAAACAGACGGCAGCAGCAGCAGCGCUAAAGCAGGAGCUAAAUUCCAGACUAACAUAAAGAGGCUGUCAGUCCCCGCAGGCUCUCGUCGCUCCUCUCGGCUGUCGCGAGUGCACGAACUCAGCGUUUUUAAUGCGAGCGCUGCCCUGUUGACCGCCGAACGAGGAGAAAGAGGCUCGCCAAGACACUAACAAUUCACCCGGCUAAUAGGCUGGAGAGGCUGCACAGGAGCGCCGGCGCUAGUCACGGAUGAGUCAGCAUUCACUGGCAUCGCACUCACAAACAAAAGUGGAGCCCUCAGCAUCCAUGAGGCUUUCAUCGAUCUACCUUAAAGAUUAUUAAUGGGAAGCGGGAGACUCGGGCUGUUUUUGUUCUGAAGGUGAAGGUGUCGGCUGGCGAAGCUCUCGAGUCGUCGUGGCGCGAGAUAAUAGGACCGAAUCGGAGAAGCAUGCGAUUCAUUUCGGACUGAGAAAAGUCCCGCUGCUCUGUUCCAAAAAUUGUUAUUAAUUCCUCAGAGUGCAUCUUCCAGACCGCACAGCUUCAUCUGAGAAUUUAAGUCAGAACAUUAUGAGGAAACAGUGGAAUAAUAUUCUGUCCAUUAUACAAAAAAACCCCUAAAACAUGCACAUGUAAUCUGGAUUAUUCACACCAGAAAGCAUUUUGCUCCAAACGUAGCCCCUCUAAUGUAAUAAUAUGACCACUUAUUCUCAAAACGACUCCAAAAAAUCAUUUAAUUAUUAAAAAAUUGCAGCUUUUCCAGUACAAUUUGAAUAUUUAUCUUUUUUUUUUAUUAUCAUUAAGAGUAUUAUUCAUCUCAAAACAUUGUUACUUUCCACUCAGUCUGAUUUUUAAGAGGUUUACACUGAUUAUUUUUUACUAAUGAGAAAAUACUUUCCCCUGUAGAAGAGGUUGGAGUGGUACACUUGUUCAAUCUGAGUUUUUUCUUUUUGUUUUCUUUCUUUCUUUUCUCGCUGACCCUUGUUUUGUUCAUUUCCUCGCCGGCGUUCUCUUCCCAUGAACACUUGCAUAAUUUAUACUUUGCCAUUUGGAGUGGAGUAGAAGUGCGUCGUCGUUUAAAAGGGAACAUUCAGGAAUGGAAGGAUUCGCGUGUGAAUAACGAGCUCCAUGUUGUUUAUACCAAAGUCAUUGAUUUGAUUAGUAUAUUUGAAUUUGUAUAUUUUUGUGCAAACCGACUUCCAUUCAGCAUUUACAGUCUCCGCCGAGACGUCAUGGAGAGACACUGCCUUUUUGAGAAAUGCUAGUUUUUUCAAAUGUAGGUUGAAUAGAUUAUAGCAAAAAGCAAGAUAUGUAAAACGUGCUUAUUGUAAAAGGGGGUGUGUGCAACUAGAGAUUAGCGUUUAGUCAGCUACUGUUUUAAAGGGAAAUGAGCCAAUAGCUGCAAAUUCUCCUUGAAAGUAUGUUUGUUUUUUUCUCUUUUUGAGUGUGUUGGAAUCAUCUGCAGAGGAUUAAGAUGAGUUUUGCUCAAUAGACAAAAAGCACAACUGCCGUUUAUUGUUUAUUUUGGUUGUAUUUUUUCUUUUUUUGGGAUUACUUUUUGUUUUCUCUUUUUCUUUCCAGGACAAUGUGCAACGCCUUCAUUAAGAAAGCUGCUAUUGUUGUUCACUGUGUAAUAGGUAUGAGAGCUUCUUUUUCCCUCAUUUCAGUGGUAUUUCUCUUGUCUUUCCACUAUCUGUUAAAACACUUCAACAAAUGACCGCCGAGGUCAAAUGUGAUUUAUGCAAUAAAAUGUUUACUGGGGUCGUGACACCACGAGAGACCCAGAGUGGUUGUACAGACUUUGCAAUCGAAGCACAAUGUGCAAAAUGCUACCAUUUUUUAGUCCAAGGAAGAGAGGUGUUUAUAUACAGAGUAAAUCUUUGUGCUUUAAAAUUUUGCUUUUUAAAGGUGUAAAAAAUAAAAGCAUUUUUCUUAAA